AUGCCGUCCUUCUUCGCUCCCGGCCUCCAGGGCCUGCCUCCCACUCCUCCCCAUAUCCUGAGCGGUGGCCGGAUGGAACACGACCCGUCCUUCUACGUCCUCAACCCCUCUGCCGCGUUCCCGCCUCGCUACUCCCAGAACGGCUGUGAAUUCAUCGAGCAGUACUCCCAGUCGUCCUGCUACGCCAAGUCAGCAAUGACAAUGAAUGCGCAGUCCGGUCUCAGCAUGCGGACCGGCAGGGACAUGGCCGCCGCUCACUCCGCGCUCAGCCAACCCAUGUUCGGUCCCCUGGCUACCGCCAACGUUCUGCCCCCCAUCCGCAACAACGUCCAGCUGCCCCCGAUGGAGAGCGCCAUUCCGCCCCAGUACCGCCGCCAAGACAUGAUGGUGCAGCAGCCCGAACCCCAGCGCAAGGAGGAAAAGGCCACCGGAGGUGUCGCCGCCCACUUGGAUUAUGAGAUGGACCAGAUGUCCGACUUUGUGGCUGAAAUGGCCCAGGGAAUGUAUGCUUUGUACAUCACCAAGAUCAACCUUGCAGAUAUUGACUUCGCGCGAAGCGUCUACCCAGGAACAUCGGUCCCGCCCCAGUUUCGGAAAUACGUCUAUCAGAUUCUGUCGUCGACUCGCCUGCCGAGCUCGACCAUUCUCCUUGGUCUCUACUACCUGGCCUGCAGGAUGCGCAUGUUGUCUUUGGCCAAGGUGUUCCACUCCGGCAGUGGCCAGGUGUACCGUAUGCUCACGGUGGCUCUCCUCCUGGGAAGCAAGUUCUUGGAUGACAACACCUUCCAGAACAAGUCGUGGGCCGAAGUCAGCAACAUCCCGGUGAGCGAACUCAACUCGAUGGAGCUCGACUGGCUCUUCGCCUUCGAAUGGAAGAUCCACGACCGCAUCUACGACCAGCAGGAUGGCUUUGCGUCAUGGUUGUCCCACUGGGAGACCUGGCGUGCCAAGACCGCAGCCCGGGCUCAAGAGUCCCGCCACCCGUUGGCUCCCAUCGACACGAAUGUUCCCCGCAGCCACCGCGUGUCGAAGCCCCUCCUCUCGCCCGAGGGCCCCAUCCCGCCCCAGUACCAGCGCAACGCCAACUACGAGACUUCCUGGCUCAACCCUGCAGCCUCGGAGUAUUCGCCUCCCUCUGCGCCUCACACGGGCCCGAACACGCCUGACUAUUACGCUGCUGGGCCGUGGUACACGCAGCCUCCACCACCGUACACCCGCACCUGGGUUCCGCCGCCGCAGCAGUACAUUGCUUCGGCUCCGCGAUCCCAGCCCCCGUCCUAUCAUCACACUCCCGCCUACGCGCUUCCAUUCGCGCAGAGUGUCUGGACAGGCCACGGGUCAUCCUGUGGUUGCCUGUACUGUGCCAAGCACAUGGAGCACUACAUGUGUACCAACCCGUUUGGUUCGAUGCAGCCCAUCGUGGCCUAG